UCUGUAGCAAGACGCGAGUCAAAGUCGAGGCUGAUGUUAAUGAACUCAAGCAGUUUGCCAGCGCUAGGGGUUGUUUCUGUUUGAUCAAUCAGCUGAUCUCGCUCUUCAAGGUUCCUCAUCGCUCAUCUCGCCCGAAUUUGACCUCUGAAAUGUGCGUUAAAACAAUAACUUUCAUUUCCAUCUGUGCGCUGUCCCUCGCCGUGCACUCAGAGGCCGCCAGCAAAAAGGACGACGAGGCGGCCAGAGCGGCCAAGCUACCACCGUGCGAGUCGUGCAAGCUGUAUGUGACUGCAUUCCUGAAAAGAGUGGAUGCAACGGCCAGGAGUGCAGACGGUGGCCUCAACCUGGACGAGGUGCACCGGAGGACAUGCGACGGCAUCGGACGCAGCGAGAAGCAGUGCAAGGACAGCGCCCUCAAUCACAGGUCGCAUGUUGAUCAGUGGUGGGCCUCUGACCGUCAGCUGGACCUUUCUGAGUGGCUCUGUCAGGAUAAGCUCCAGGUAUGCUGUCCAAGAGGUCACUUUGGGCCAUCCUGUUCACCGUGUCCUGAGCACCAUGGUGGCACUGGCACCUGCAGUGGUAACGGCAAGUGCAGCGGGGAUGGCACUCGUUCUGGUGACGGAAGCUGCAUUUGUGAUAGAGGCUAUAAAGGUGUGAUGUGUGAUACAUGCAUUGAAGGAUACUACGAGUCCUUUCGAGACAGCAAAAAUCUGAUCUGCUCACCUUGCUUCAUCGCUUGCAAGGACACGUGCUCUGGUGCCGGCCCACUGGGCUGCAGAGCGUGCAAAGAUGGCUGGGAAUCUUCUGACGAAUUUGGCUGCCAUGACAUAAACGAGUGCAUCGAGUUCACCGGUGCUUGUGGUGCAAAUCAGUUCUGUGUCAACACUGAAGGAUCCUACUCCUGCUUGGAUUGUGACCGCUCGUGCGACGGGUGCAAUGGCGAUGGUCCUGACAUGUGCGAAAAGUGCGCCGAGGGCUUCAAGGACGCGCAGGGUGUUUGCGCUGAGGUUAACCAGCAACAGCAGACCGAGCAGGCGACUUUUACGCGAUAUGUGACCUACGCAGGACUUUGUGUGGCCACUUUCAUCAUUUUCAACAAAAAUACUCUGGUCGCGAUGGUAGUCGGUGCAGCAGUAUCCGUCUACAUAACAGUUGCUGAAUACAUGUACGGCGAAACAAAUUGGGACCUUGGUUCUCUCGCGAAAAUGCUCAAAAAUUCGGAAUGAAUAAUUUGGUUCGAGCCGCAUUAAGAAAGCAUUUAUUUCGAAAAUUGUUUAUGAACUGUUUUAAACUGAUAUAUCAAGCUCGCAAUUAUGGUUUGAAUUUGAGUGGUUUUGUGGAUUGGUGCACAGCACAGGUGAGAAAUAUUAAAGGUCGUCGUGUGUUUCCCAAUUUCUAACAAAGUUCAACCAUUGAAAAUGUACCAUUUUUAUAGCAUUCUCUUGUCAGCGUGUAUUAAUUUUUGAAUUAAAUUGGGAUGUUAAAUUUCACUUUUGUUUAUAUGCGCAAUUUAAGUGUAUUAGGUCGUCUAGUCAAAGUUUGAUGAUAAAAUAAUCUAGUCAUGUGUAGUCGCAUCUGAAUAAAACUAAAAAUCUCAAUUUUUGUCAAUCACA